AUGGCCCUUCUGGCCGCAGGAAGCGCUGUGCCGUCCUCCCUGGUGGCCCUCACGGUCUUCCGGGCCUCCGCCUGGGCCUGUCUCCUCUGCUUCACGUCUUACAAUGAGCGCCUCCAAAUCUGCCAGAUCUUCGCCGGCCUGGAGAGCCCCGACCUCGGGAAGUGUGAGGAGGCCUUAACAGAUGCUUUUAAGGGCCUCCAGGACACUGAAAUCAACUACGAUGAAAGGAGCCACCUGCACGACGCCUUCACCCAGAUGACCCACUCCCUGCAGGAGGUGGCCGCUGCCCAGGGGUCCUUUCGGGUUGCCUUUCCUCAUGCCGCGGAGAAAAUACAGAAGAUUAUAUUACGGCUUAAAGAAGUCCAGGCCUGCAUCCCUCCCUGCGGACUCCAGGAGGUCGCCCGGCGUUUCCGCUGCAGAGGGUGCUACUCUACGGUCUGCGACCUCCCGUUAGACUGCCCAGUUCAGGACUUGACGGUGACUCGGGGUCAUCAGGCUAUGUUCUUUUGCACUGUGAACUUCCCGCUGCCUAAGGAAGAGAUCACCUAUUCCUGGAAGUUCGCAGGAGGAGGUCUCCGGACUCAGGACCUGUCCUACUUCCGAGAGAUUCCGCGGGCCCGAGGAUACCUGGCACGGAUCCGGCCGGUGCAGCCCACGCACCGCGGGACCUUCUCUUGCGUGAUCACACACGACCAGCGCCCCCUGGCGCGGCUCUACUUCUUUCUGAACGUGACAGGUCCGCCACCGCGCGGGGAGACUGAGCUCCAGGUCUCUUUUCGGGAAGUGUUGCGCUGGACGCCACGGGAGGGGGAGAUGAUCGAACCCUGGACGCCCAGCCUGGGCGAGCUGCUGACCAGGCCCGAGGCUCUAACGCCGGGCAAUCAGUGCCUGCUCGCGGCCGCUGUGGCCUUAGCCUCAGCCAGUGCGACCGUGCUGGCGUGGAUGUUCUUUCGAUGGUACUGCAGCGGUGACUAA